UGAGACUACAGAAAUUUCUGACUCCCAGAUAUAGAUAUUGGCUCUUUAUAAAGCUAGUUUAGUGGGAGUUCUCCUCUGCAAAGCUAUUAAGGUGUUAGCUUUAUGGGUGGUGUUUAAAUGUCUAAGUAGUUUUUCCAAAAUGAUUUACACACUCGAUGUCAGUAAACGUAAUAUUACUUAAUGACAAAAUAAUUUUGGAAGAGCUGCUCUGUUAUGGACUUGGGGUUUACUUUAGCAGGCUUUUAAACGAAUCAAAGUAUGAAUGUUUGUUGUGUUCUUUUUUUCUAUUUUCAGGUCACGCAUGUUGAAACAUGGGAGAAAGGAAGCAGGAAAACAGCAGGCCAGACAGGGAUGUGCGGAGGGGUUCGAGGUGUUGGAACAGGAGGAAUUGUUUCUACAGCAUUUUGCCUGUUAUACAAAUUAUUUACCCUCAAGUUAACCCGAAAGCAAGUGAUGGGUCUUAUAACACACACAGACUCUCCAUAUAAAGCGCUUGGAUUUAUGUAUAUAAGAUAUACACAGCCCCCUACAGAUCUAUGGGACUGGUUUGAAUCCUUCCUUGAUGAUGAAGAGGACCUAGAUGUGAAGGCUGGUGGAGGCUGUGUAAUGACCAUUGGAGAAAUGCUACGAUCUUUUCUCACAAAACUGGAGUGGUUUUCUACCUUGUUUCCAAGAAUUCCAGUUCCAGUUCAAAAGAAUAUUGAUCAACAUAAAACCCGACCUAGAAAAAUUAAGAAAGAAGGGAAGGAAGGCAUUGAGGAAAUAGACAGACAUGUUGAACGCAGACGUUCAAGGUCUCCAAGGAGAUCUCUGAGUCCACGGAGGUCCCCAAGAAGAUCAAGAAGUAGAAGUCAUCAUCGAGAAGGCCCACGGGUCUUCUAGUUUGACAGAGAAUUAGAAAGAGAGAAAGAACGCCAGCGGCUAGAGCGUGAAGAAGAAAGGGAGAAAGAACGUCGAAGAUCUCGAAGUAUCGAUCGGGGGUUAGAACGCAGGCACAGCAGAAGUAGGGAAAGGCAUAGAAGUCGCAGUCGGAGUCGUGAUAGGAAAGGGGAUAGAAGGGACAGGGAUCGGGAAAGAGAGAAAGAAAAUGAGAGAGGUAGAAGACGAGAUCGUGACUAUGAUAAGGAAAGAGGAAACGACCGAGAAAAAGAGAGAGAGCGAUCAAGAGAAAGGUCCAAGGAACAGAGAAGUAGGGGAGAGGUAGAAGAGAAGAAACAUAAAGAAGACAAAGAUGAUAGGCGGCACAGAGAUGACAAAAAAGAUUCCAAGAAAGAGAAAAAACACAGUAGAAGCAGAAGCAGAGAAAGGAAACACAGAAGUAGGAGUCGAAGUAGAAAUGCAGGGAAACGAAGUAGAAGUAGAAGCAAAGAGAAAUCAAGUAAACAUAAAAAUGAAAGUAAAGAAAAAUCAAAUAAACGAAGUAGAAGUGGCAGUCAAGGAAGAACUGACAGUCUUGAAAAAUCAAAAAAAUGGGAACAUAGCCCCAGCAAAGAAAAAUCUAGAAAGCGUAGUGGAAGCAAAGAACGUUCCCACAAACGAGAUCACAGUGAUAGUAAGGACCAGUCAGACAAACAUGAUCGUCGAAGGAGCCAAAGUAUAGAACAAGAGAGCCAAGAAAAACAACAUAAAAACAAAGAGGAGACUGCGUGAAAAUAUUUUGUAAAAGUGGAUCACAUUGAAUCCUAUAAAUGAUUAAAUCUGCUUUUUUUCCCCCCAAGUUGAGGUUGUGCAGUAGUUCGCACUCCUCAAGCUCUCCCUGUAGGCUGCAUUUUCAUUUCCUCUUUUGUGUAGGGAAGUGCCUUUGUAAUUCCAUUUAUUGCAUUGAUGUUUUCACUCAGUUGUUAAGUUUGAUACAUGAUGCACAGAUUGUUCUUGCAUUUUUAUUGUUUGUUUUUGAAAUGUACAGUCUGUACAUAUGUCCUGAAUGUUUUAAUUACUUUGGCAUGGUUGCCAUGUUGGUCAAAUUUGUAUAAGGCAAUAAACUGCCACUAAUCUAUCUUUGUUUUGUAGGUGUGGGAUUAUGGUUUGUGUACUGAAGUUAGCAUGGCUGUGCUUUUCGUAAUAGAAUGCUAAAGACUUUGAGAAUGGAUCUUGGAUGUCUGUUAUAGGAGAAAUAUGUGCUGUCAAUAUACAUGAAGGCAGCAUUGUAGGAUUAACAUUCUUGUCCACUGUAUAUUAUCCUGGAAGGCUCCUGUUAAUAUGUUACACUUAAUAUUCUCCACAGUUACCCUUAGAGAGAAUUUAUGAGAAGUUCGUUUCUGAUGCAGAGGUUUUUAGGCUGUGAUUUCAUGAAAAGUCCUUUUAGCAUUCUACCUCAAAGGGACACUUAGUAUGCCUAAAAUUUAUUCACUUAGUUUUCCUUUUUUAUUUGAAAAAAAAUACAUGACAUGUAAUCUUUUUUCUUGAAUUCUUUCUCAGAUUUCAAAGUACUAUAUUAAAGAAAAAAAUUAAUGUCUAAAGCCUAGCAUUCUUGUAGAACCCUGUACUAACAUGUAAUUGGGAGAGGGUGGGGCAAAUGAGUAGAGAAACAGAUUCAAGCCUCAAGCUUCCAAAGCAUUUUUGUAAAUGGGAAAUCCUUAAAUUAUGAAACAGCUUGAUAUAGUGUCCUUUUUUUAAAAUUCAGAACUUUUUUUAUUGAUAAUGGAGAUUGCUGUUGGAGUUUUUAAAGUUAAUCUAGAACAGAGGAGUAUUAAAAGUAAUGCUAUGCUGCAUUAUUUAAGACUAUCAGCAAAUUAUUUGAUAGAUUGUUCUUAUGACUUGUAUUCUGAUUACAGAGAACCAUCAUGAGUGUGGAAUAAAUACUGGAUUAAAUCCUUUA